CCGCCAUUGUUGUAAACAAAUGGCCGUAACAGUUUUUCGACUAAACUUUCGCUUAUUUCGCCACCAUCGUAAAAAACUAUGGCUGGAUAUUUACAAAAAUAAAAGCAAUAUGUAUUGAUGCUAUAAAAUAUAUUAACUUUUAGGAUGUAUUCUACCCAGGAUAUUAUAGAAUCGCUAAAGGAUCAUCUCUUUGCCCAUCGAUUUUCUGAAAAAAAUCAAGAAAAUAAAAUUCCGCCAAAUAGCUCACAUUUGUGGGAAAAAGAUGGAGAUAUUCUCACAAAUGGGCAAUCCAGUGGUUCUAACUUUGGUGGCGAACAAUUGUGGGACACAUAUAUUGGCACAGAUAAUGUUUCAUCUCCCGCUUUUGAUCCUAAUCAGAUUAAUGGAAGUCAAAGAUAUUCCUCGCUUCCCAGUGAUGAUCAUUCCUUAGAGAAAGAACUUGCUAUGUAUGAUUGCCAAAGUAGAAAAAGGUCCAAAUCUAAGAAAACCUCAUCUGCCACAGCUGAUCGGCCACCAUCCAGAGCAAGUUUAGCUGAGAUGCAAAUACAAAGCAUUCUGGGUAAAGCUCGUUCGUCAAGUCUCAGUAGGUCAAAUUCAAAUGUUUCGACACUUUCUUUGAAAGACAGGCUUCGUAAAAAUAAGGAAUCUAUGCAGGAACUAUUGUCUAGUGAACGGUCACCAUUGUCAAAGAAAACACUUAAGAAACCAGUUACUGCAAAUCAUGCUGCCGUUCCCAAAGCUCGGGAAGAAGCAUACACAACCAAAUCGCCUCAACUCCAAGCAUUAAUACAGAAACAUUUAGCUGCAGAGCGAUCACGCUCGGGGCAAAAAUCAAGCGCUGCAAAACGCUUGCCAAGUCCUGAUUCUGGGCCCGAUAGUGCAGUUGAUGUUGACACCCUUGAUACAUCCUCCUUGCAUUCUAAUGGCGGAUGUGUAGAGGGUUCAGAUCUGCCAUUGGAGAGGAUGCAUCUUGCUCACAGACGGUUACAGUUCAGUAGCAGUGAUAAUUCAAACAGUGACAUCAUCAAUUGGGAAAGUCAGAAAACCAGGAAUAAUCAGCCACAUAGAAAACAUAAUCAUGACUCAGAUGCAGAUUCUGGUAUUGUGCCAGUGUUUAGGGAGCAAACAUCUAGUUCAUCAUCAGAUCAACAGCAGCAGCCUAUUAAGCCUAUGUCUAACAUCAAAGCAAGGAUCCAAGCCCGGCAAAAUCGUAAAAGUAGAAAAGCUGACCUGUCCAGGGGAGCUGUGCCUGGUCCUUUGAAGGCAGAUCACAGUAUACAACCUAAGCUCAAGCUACAUCAACAUACAAGUGUUUUGGAGACAUCAAAUUUACAAAAUCCACAUUUUGAUCUGUCCCCAGAAGCUCAAAAUGAUGGAUCCCCAAACUCUAGUGGCGAUUCAAAUUCUAGAUUGAGGCUGCCGUCACGUCCGUGUUCCCGUGCAUCCUCUGGUCAUCGUUCAAGAUCAUCCUCCCCUGGGCUGCGUGUCCACUUUAAGGAAGAACCAUCUGAGAGCUUGAGCCCUGGACCUUCAUCAAAAAGACCUCAAUCAUCAUCAGGGCUUGGAUCGACAUCAAGGCCUUCAUCAAAUCGUUCAACUCCUGUUAAAAGUAUCCUAGCUAAUUAUAGACAACGAUACUCUGAUCAACGAGAUCAAAAUCAACGAGAUUCAAAUCCACAAGAGGAUUUCCAUACAAGCAUUUCAUAUGAUGCAAACCAUCAAAACAUACAGGACAGUAGCUCUGAUAGACAUAUAUCUAACGGAUAUCACAUAGAUUCCAAAUCAGACCAUACCAAUCGCAUUCUAAAUAAGUAUGAUACAGAUUUUGAAUCACAGCAAUAUGAAGACAAUUUAGUCCACAGAGAUUUACCCCCUGGGUAUAUUCAACGUACUAACGCAAUGGAUAUAGAAGAUAGAUUAUCUGAAGGCCACAUUGACUCAGUUAAUCAGAGUAUUCAUGAAAGGAACUCAUUUAACAACAGGGAUUUAUAUUUUAAUGAUUCGGGUCAUCACGAGUAUGACCACCCAAGUAAUGAGUAUCAUAGGAGGAUUAAAGCCAGUGAACAUAGUCGUGAAAAAAACAGUUAUUUAGAUAUGAUUGAUGAUUCAGAUGUUGAUGAUUCUAUGCCAUUAGAUUUACUACCUGUCACUAGGAGGUCUCCACAUUCAAGGUCAGACACAUCCUCAAGGACGAUUACCCCUGUGCAGCAUUUAGACAAUGAUACCCCCAUAUAUGGUCACAAAAAUGAUCGGUCUCAAAUGUUAAAAACUCCUGACACUAAACUUAAAGGUUGUAUAGAUACUGAAAGGCAGCACUUUAAAGACAAUGUAGAUUAUCAUGAUUCUGGUGAAGUUUUAAAUCAGAAGAGUAUGAACACUGGUAUUCCAAGGAGAAUACGUCCCAGUUCAGCGGGUCCUAGUAUAAAUGGUCUUGCAUCUAGAAUAAAGUCUGAUGAUUCUCAAUCCCAGCAGAAAAAUGAAAGGAAGUCAAGAUCGAGGAUUCCACGUCCUCACUCUGCAAUGUCUCAGCCUUCAAGUCGGACACUAUCUGCUCAAGCCCCAACUUCUGAGGUGUUGUCAACAAAACCCCCUUGCCAACCACCAUGUUCUUCAGUAUCAUCAACAAAACCUCCAAGGCGACCACAGUCUGUCCAACCUCCAAGCUCCGGGAUAUCUUCAACAAAACCCCCAAGCCGACCCCAGUCAGUGCAACCUCAGGAGCACACUCGACCCCCAAGCCCAGGGGUAAUAUCAAUGAUGUCAGUACAAUCAAUGGCUUCAGAUAUGUCUGGCGGACUGGAUAGAUCUCUUGAUUGGCUGUAUCGCCCAAAUACACCAAGUGGGAGUGAUCCUCAAUUGUUUAGAUAUAAAAGUAACCUGGAAAUGUCAAAAGAUCUACGUGGCUCAAAAUCUUCUCUUGUUGAGCGCUUGGGAAGUCUGCGUAAAUCAGCCAAAAGUAAAAUCGCAAAACUUCAACGAGCUGUAAGUCUUGAUCGUCUAGACAAAAGUGGCAGUGUGGGUAACCCAGAUAGCUCAGCAUGCUCAAUAGAAGAACAGCCUCCAAAAUUGAAGAAGUCUUCUUCAUUACAAUCUCUGCGGCAUAGUUUUAGUAAGAAGAAAGAUCGCUCUAAGAAGUAUGUGGAUGAUGGAGUAUUGCACGAUGCACAGGCAGCCAAGUCUCCUAGGAGGCGGUCACUGUCACCAUCUUUGAAGCGUAGCAGCUCCAGCCUCUCUAUUAACUCAGUUGACAGUCCUACUCAUGGUCGGGUUAUAGGCAAGCUACUUGCUCUUAAUACAGAUGGCUCACAGGUCAUUGAGUUGAAGAAACCACCACAUGGCCCAUUUGGCUUCUACAUAGCAAAAGGCAGCGCAAAAUACAACAAUGGUGUAUUCAUAUCUAGGAUGAGUGAUGGACACCCAGAGAAGUUGUUUGCUGGACUCCUGGGAAUUGGUGAUGAAAUUCUGGAAAUUAACAACAGAACUCUUCAAGGAGGAGAUUUGGAUAUUGCCUAUGACAUUAUGGCCCAACAUGACACAUUAACUAUGAAAGUUUUGCCUUUUAUGGCUAGAACUGACCAGUAG